CUUUGACAGCUGUUGUGAUUGAUGCUGUGCAGCGUGGGCUAGCAGUGAAGGCGUAGCUGGUGUGGAACCAACCGAAAGAAAUGGAUGUAUUUUUAAUGAUCAGACGCCAUAAGACGACCAUCUUCACAGAUGCUAAAGAGUCUACUACAGUCUACGAGCUGAAGCGGAUUGUUGAAGGCAUCUUGAAGAGGGCACCUGAAGAACAGAGGCUUUAUAAGGAUGACAUGGUGCUGGAUGACAGUAAAACACUUGGAGACUGUGGGUUCACAAAUCAGACAGCCAGACCCCAGGCCCCAGCUACUGUUGGGUUAGCCUUUCGUCUUGGUGAUGAUUCGUUUGAGCAGCUGAGGAUUGAGACUUUCUCCAGCCCCCCAGAGCUUCCUGAUGUCAUGAAGCCUCAGGACUCAGGCAGCACAGCCAAUGAACAGGCUGUACAGUGAAGGAGAGACUGAGGUGUCCGGGGUGGGGGCAUUUGAGGGAGGUUGGGAUCUGGGAGGAAGCCUUGGUGGGUUGAAUUUUACGGACUGUGGAUCUUUGAGCUGGGCAGAAAAAUGGUCAGUGUGUUCUAAAUAGGGUUGGGGAUGUCCAGCUUGCCCAUAUAAAUAUAUAUAUAUAUUUUUUCUUUCCUGAAUGCAUGCUAAAUAAGUUGAUAAAUUUACACAGAAACCUUUCAGAGACAUCUGACCGAUUUGUCACAACACUGUCAGUCAUCCGUGGGAUUUGUAAAGGCUGAACAUAAGAAAUGUACCUUAUUUAAUUGAUGCUAAUCUUUAUUUGGGUUAAGGUGAAAUCCUUGCUUGUGUUUUAUUUGGAGGCAUAAAUGGGGAUUUGAAUUUGAGGGGGAGUUAAUCUUUAAGCAUUUGUUUGGUUUUUCUUUACUGAAAUAUUGGGAUUUACCAGUUUUAAUGACUGGCUUGGUUGUAUGUGUUGCAAAAGUAAGGGUUUGUGGAGUUGUAAUGUACUAGUCUAUCUAGAGAAUAUGUGCAUGAAAUUAUUUUGAAAUAAAGUGGAUUCAGCUGUUGAUGGAAUAGCCUUAUAAAACGCAAACAUGCACAUAUUGGGAAAAUUUGGCACCAACACCCAUUUGGUGGUACUUUCAUAUCAGUAAUUUAGUUUCCUAACACCUCACAGAAGCCUCAGUGCUGUUUGUUUCCUCUGUGCCAUGCUGCUCCAACAUGCUUAAGCAUCAAGUGUCAGUCUCUGCCAUCUUUAACAUGGACAACAUAAGCAUGGAAACUCCUGUUCAAAGCAAAACGAGAGACAGACAUGGCAGCAUAACUAGAGUGCACCGUUAGACCUGAAGUGGGGGGCAGCUUCCUCCACAGCGUUAAAGCGGGGCUGAUUCCGAUGAGAUCUUAUUGGCUGCAGUCAAUAGGCUUGUUUCAAUUUUAAAUUGUUUUUGAAGGUAUAAUUAUUUAGUAAUUGUUCAGUGGAUUUUGUGUGAUGAACCAUAGUUAAGCCUGUGAUAAGGGGGUUUAAUGUCCCCUUGGCCCCUAUGAAUGCGGCAACUUUUGUUGUAUUACCCCCUAAAUUACUGAAAAGCCAUUUUGCUCUCAUGAAACAAGUAGAAUUGAAAAGAAAAAUAGUGUAUUGAAGUCAAGUAACAAACUAAAAAACAACCCUGAUUUCUACACGAGUUAGCUUAUGUCAAAUAUCAAAGUCCUCCCUGAAUAAGGAUGAACAUAACAUGGUGUAUUGUAUUACGGCAUUACAAAUAACUGAAAGAUUAAAUGGAGCUUUAAAAGGUGGGACUUGGUCCAAGCUGCACUUGUAACUGACCUUAAAUUAAAACAAUUGUUUUUCA